GAAUUUCUAAGUAAACGAAGUCAACACCAACCACAGUAUAAAAUCCCCCAUCAUUUCUACAACAAACAACACCCAUUGAUCUCCAUAUCCAUACAAACAACCAAUCCACCCACCCACCCCCACAAAAAAAAAUCAUAAUGUCGUCCUCAACAGAAUCCAAAAUCGCCACCGCAAAAACAAUAGUUUCCACCAUCGGAUCCGUCGCCGCGGCCGCGAUGGUGGCCCGCAGCGUCGCUCGUGAUUACCUACCACCUGAGUUCCAAGACUACCUCUAUUUCGGCAUCCGUAACUUCAUCAACAAGUUAUCCCGACAGUUAACAAUGGUGCUCUACGAGUACGACGGUUUUCGCGAAAACGAGAUAUACAAAGCCACAGAACUAUACCUCGCUUCGCGAAUAUCCCCCGACGUUAAUCGUCUAAAGAUAACAAAAGCAUCAAACGAGAAAAACAUCACCAUCGCUAUGGAAAUAAACGAGAGUUUUGAAGAUACAUACAAUGGAGUCAAAUUUUAUUGGUCGUUGGUUUCUAAGAAGUUGCCAACGAGAGAAUAUCAUAAUUAUGAUGAUCAUGGAUCUUCUAGUAGAACAGAUCAACGAUCGUUGGAGCUCACGUUUCAUCGAAAACACAAAGAUCUGGUGUUGAACGACUACUUUCCGUUUAUACUUAACCAUGCUAAAAUAAAGAAGCUUGAAGAGAAAACGGUUAAGUUGUUUACGGUCGACACGAAUAUGGCGUAUUCGGGCCGACCGUCGGUGUGGACGUCGGUGAGUUUGGACCAUCCGGCGACAUUUGCCACGCUGGCAAUGGAUAGUGAUGUGAAGGAAGAUGUUAUGAAGGAUUUGGAUAGGUUUGUUGAACGGAGAGAGUAUUAUCGGAAAGUUGGAAAGGCGUGGAAGAGAGGGUACUUGUUGUACGGUCCGCCUGGGACCGGGAAGUCGAGUUUGAUUGCGGCUAUGGCGAAUUAUUUGAAUUUUGAUAUUUAUGAUUUGGAGUUGACUGAUAUUAGGUCGAAUUCGGAGUUGAGGAGGUUGCUGGUGGCGACGGCGAACCGGUCAAUAUUGGUGGUUGAGGACAUUGAUUGCUCGAUGGAGUUGCAUGAUCGAGCGGAUGUGGACGCGGUUAAAGCUUUGGUGAAUCUCCGGCGUGGGCCGCGAGGGUAUCGCGAUGAACAGAGGGUAACAUUAUCGGGUUUUCUUAACUUUAUCGAUGGUUUAUGGUCAAGUUGUGGUGAUGAAAGAAUCAUCAUAUUCACCACAAACCGAAAAGACAAACUCGAUCCUGCACUCCUUCGCCCUGGUCGUAUGGACGUUCACAUCAACAUGUCAUAUUGUACCCCGUGUGGAUUCAGAUUGUUGGCAUCUAACUAUCUUGGUAUAACCGAGCACGAUCAAUUUGAACAAAUCGAGGAUUUGCUUGGCAAGGUGGAGAUCACCCCGGCUGAAGUAGCAGAGCAACUACUCAAGGAUACUGAUCCCGAUAUUGCUCUAGGUGAGCUCAUUGAGUUUUUUGAUGUGAAGAAAAAGGAGAAUGAAGAGGCCAAAGCAAAGGCAAAGGCAAAGGAACAAGAAGAGUUGGCUGCAAAAGAGAGGGAAGAGAAAGAGCAAACUAAAAAUAAAGAAAGUGUUCCGCAACCAAUCGAAAUUAUGACUUUUUAGUAUUAUACAAAAUUAUAUUUUGUUAAUUGAAGCUUAAAACUAUAGUUUAACUAAGUUUAAUAUGAAAUUAAGUUUUGUUUCCUAUUAAUAAGAGUUAAUUGUCAUUUUGGUCUC